AUGUUGAUUCCUGCCUUUGUUGUAUGGGAUGCGGGAUAUCCCUUCUAUACCUAUGGAUCCAUCUUCAUUAUUGCAUUAAUUAUUUGGCAAGUGAAAAAGAGGCGCCAAAAAUUAAAGUCGGAACCUAAUGAGACCUGUUGCCAGCGUCACCGAAAAGUCAGGCAAAGGGCAAGAGAUGCAGCAUCAAGAGCUCGAAGAUUUUGCCAAGAAGAAGCUGAGAAGCCGCGGAAGCUGCUCUCUGUCAUGAAAAGCCACAGCUGGCUUCCCCAGAAGGAAAGCGUGAGGCAGCUUCUGUGUGCCGAUCCCUACUGCCAAAUCUGCAAUGGUGUGGCUCAGGAGAUUCAGCAAUUGCUGGAGGACGAGAACAACCAGAUCUCCCCCACAUUUCUGGGGCCAUCACAGGGCUCUUCCUGCUUAGAGAUGUUGUCCAUGUCAAGUAUGUCUUUUGAGCAGAAUCUGGAGCUCCAUUCCCAGCACUCCAGAGACCUUUCAGGGACAUCUGUCACCCCAGCACUAACAACUGAAGGAAUCAGCAUUCAAGAAUACUGGACUGAUCGCCUCCCGCUAGGACAGGAAUUUCAACUGGUAGAGAUGCCUGUAGGUCCACAGACUAUGGUUUCUUCAAGGCUUGAGUUGUCUGUGGUUCCAGGGAAUGAGCAGGAGAUGAGACAGAACAACCCCAAUUUUGUCCAGGGGAACCAAGGCCAGCAGUCCUUGAACACUCAGGUCACUUUUAUGCCCCUAACCCAAGAGCUCACAACCUUGGCACAACCUUUGGCCUUGCAUAUAGUCCCCUAUGCACACCUGCCAUUCUUUAGUCCUGAAGUCCUGAGGCUUCUUGAAGUACAUGUAAAAAAAUGGAUGCAUUUCCAGAGGUGGGGGCUCCCCAGGCGAGUGGAGGAAUCCCUGAGGCAGCUUAUGCCAAACCCACCAAUGUAUUGCCAGUCUGAAAAUAACCAACCAGUUUCUUUAAUCCAAAAUAAUACUUCUCAGAUCUGUGUCCAUAGAUUUGGGACAAUUUCUCACCAGACCUGGUGCUCAUAUGUGGCUGGCCAACCCACUCAGACCUUCUGGGUUUCUGAAUGGUCCCUUAUAGAUUCAGAACAAAGACACCACUGCCAGAAAAUCCCAAAACCUGUGGCUUUAGCCUUGCCAUCUCCAGCCCUUAAAGACCUAAAUGACCUCUAUUCACUGCCARGUGGUCAGGCAAAUAACUCACAGAGCAAAUAUAACCAGCUCUUCUGUGGCCUCCCUACUCUGCAUAGUGAAUCCCUGGUGGCCACUUUCWUGGACUCUAAAGGACUCUCCAGGAACAAGAGUAUGCCCAGGUCCCCCUUGAAUGGUUCUCUUCUCUUCAAUGAGCUCUAUCCCCUGCUGUCCAAAACUCCACCUGAGUCAGCCCCAACCUCAGCCCCAGGCUCACACCCAAACCCCMUAAAUUGCAUGUCUCCCUCUAAGAAUCAAGUCAGUGUCCCAUUUCUGACUACAGCUGAGUGUGAAGCCUUGGAAUGGCACUUGCUGCAGAGGCAACUCCAGCUUCAGUGGGGCCUGCCAGCAGUCUUCCAGAGAUCUCAGCAUGCCCCAAGCCCCRUGCAUUAUGAACCAUGUGACAAAAUCCAACCCCCUGAGACCAUGAAGACCUCCUGUCCAGGAAAGUCUUUCUCAGUCCUCACCAGGGAACUGCUCUUCUUCCCAGAGCAUGCCCGCAGGCUGCUGGAAUUCCAUCUCCAGAAGCAGUUGAUUCACCAUCGCUGGGGCCUGCCCCCAAAGAUUCAGCAGUCCAUCCAGUUGCUCCUUUCCUCCGCUGACCAGCAGACCCUGUCCUGGAGCAGCACAGCCCUACCCAGGGUGAGCAUGCCCCCGCUUGCAACCCUAGACGACAAUGAGGCUGGUGUCCUAUUCUCACCCAUGGUAGCCCAAAUGYCCACCCCCAUGCCACACUUGUUUGCCCAGGCCAAGGAAAUAUUGCAGAGCCACAUCGACUCCAAAUGUGGACAGAUCCACCAGGGCCAGAUCCCUACAGUAAGCUCCGGCUACGCUCCCGACAGCAUGGCUCUGCCUCAACCCAGGGCCAUCCCCGCCACUGCCCUCGGCACUGUCUUCGAGUGGCUGGUGCCUCCCAUCCAGGGAGCCUCCCCUAGCUCCCAACCCUCAGCUCUGAAACAUCCUGCUCCAGAGAACUCCCAAAGCAAUGAGGAAGUGUUCGAGGCUCCCCAACCUGGGCAUUCCUUGAAGAGCGCUAUUUUCAUUUCCAUUGAUGAACAGGUGUAG